CCACCCGCGAAUACCUCCCCUCUUUCUCUUUCUCUCACUCAAAGUCACACCCAAUUCAAUUCAUUCUCUUUCAAUUUCUGGGCAACAAAGAAGAACACCAUUUCUAUCAUAAAGUGCAUAUCACGGUGCUCAUGCUCAUUGUAUAAUUUGGAGGUCAUAGAUUGGCUUAAACAUGAAAUCAACGAGAUAUGGCAUCAUCAUCAUCAUCUUCAAACCACAGCCGAAAACCAAGUGUUGGAAGCAAACAAGCAGAGAAGGAAGAGAUUGUUAGAUAUAUGUCGAAUUUGCCAAGUUAUUUAGAAAGGGGAAAGCCGGUUCAAGAUAGAGCUUUGAGUUUUGGUGUAAUGGAUUGGGGGCGUUUAGAACAAUGGCAAUAUUAUCAUCAAAAACUGGGUGCUGGCAAAAACGACAUAUUUUCCCCAUCUACUAGCAAUUCGUCAUUAUUAUCUUCUACUGAUUUAUCAUCUCACCGUUCUAGCAGAGGUCAAAAAUCAUCUCAUGACCCUAUAAAAUCUCAUCAUGUUACUCUACAGUCUCAUUUAAACAUAUCUCCUAAAGAUAUCUCCAGUAAAGAUUCACCGGUUAAUCUCUCUAGCCAGAAGAAAACUACCACGCGGUCAAGACAUAAGUCAAAAUUUGUUAAAGAGAAUGAUACUUGUCCUCAAGGUUCUCGUGAAUCUAAAUCAUCUGAUGAUACAAAAAGUAUUGAGUCAGCAACGUUAUCAUCUUCUUCAAAGGGGAAGAUGAAAAUCGAAGACGAGUUGAUAAAUAAACAUGGGAAUUUUCAAGAUCCGUCAUAUGGAAUCUAUGAUGGUACACUCUUCGAAAGGCACAAAGCUCUACUCCUCAAUGAUGAAAAGCGUGAAGACUUUCAUUCAGAUCUGAAAAACGACAUACCAGUAUCGUUUCUAUCUGAAUAUAAAGUUGUCAGCAGAAAAAACUCAAAGAAUGUUGCAAAUCUUGAAAGAAUUUCUAACACUCCAUGUCAAAUUGAGACCCCGGAAGAGAAAGAGCUUAAUAUAUCUUCAACGAAUUCAGACUUCAAAAAAGGUGGCAUUACAGCUAGCAAACACCGCUUUAGUUUUAGCACGAGUUCAAAGUCUGUGUCUCAUAACUCUACUAAAAAAGCAAUUGAAUCGCCUCUGGUUUCUCAAAACUCAACAAAGUAUGAUUCUUCUGUCUCACAAAGGACUAACUUGAGCCCUCUAAAGAGGUUAUUGGACCCACUCUUCUCAUCAAAGGCAACUUACCUUGAGACGUCCCGUGAAGAUUCAAAAAUCAAAGCAAAAGUGAAGAUGGACUUAGGAAGUUGCAAGGAAGUCAGAGUUGAUAAUUCAUGUCAAAACAAGUCAUCAACAAAGCAAGCUCUUUUUCAAAUGGCUGUUAGAAAUGGCCGUCCUUUGUUUACAUUUGCAGUAGAUAACAACAAUGACAUACUUGCAGCCACAGUAAGAUCAUUGAGUGGGAAAGAUGACACCAACAGCUGGCUUUAUACAUUUUUCACCAUCCAGGAAGUGAGGAAAAAGAAGGGUGGUUGGUUGUCUCAUGGCCGAAAAGGUGAUAAUCAUGGGUAUCUACCUAAUGUAGUAGCCCAAAUGACGGUUUCAAAUAGAUCAAGUUCUAACUCUACAAGUAGGGAGUUUGUCUUGUCUUCUAUGGACCCGGGUCAAACGGACCCUGAAAUCGUGGAUGCUGAGCUGGAAAAUGAGCUGGCAGCCAUUGUUGUCCAGUUUCUUAGGAAGGGGGAGGAGGAAGAGAAUCAAGAUUGUUUUAGUACGACUGUUAUUCUUCCUGGUGGUCAUAGUGUACCAAGAAAAGGAGAACCUUCACCACUAAUUGAACGUUGGAGAUCUGGCGGGGUUUGUGACUGUGGUGGUUGGGAUGUUGGCUGCAGAUUAAGAAUCCUUGCUAACAAGGCGGAAUUUGAUAGAAGAUCAAGAUCACCUGAAAAUUUUGAGCUUUUCUUUCAGGGAGAUGUCGUAAACGAGAGACCCUUCUUUAGUCUUUCUCCAUUGAAGGACGAAAUAUACUCGGUUGAAUACAAUACAUCGCUAACGCUAUUACAUGCAUUCUCGAUCUGUAUAUCAGUCAUUGAAUGCAGACAAUCGUCUCAGCAUACAGAACUGAGAACGUACGUUGCCAAAGUAGUAGAUGGUGAUGAGUCUCCAGUGGCAUACGUUUCACUUCCACCUGUUUCCCCUGUUGGAAGGGUUUAGGAUUCAUCGUAAACCUCAUUCUGAUGAAUGAUGAUCUAGUUAAAAUAUAGAAAGGUAUUUUCAAUAGGUAUGAUAUUAAAGCCUUAGAAGAUGCUGUAUCUAGUUGUGUAUCACUUAAAUGAAUAUCAUGUGAUCUAAUGAUGUGUUUGUAUCAUUUAGAUAUAUAUCAUUAUAUAAUUGUUAAUGGAAAUAAAUGAGAAAUGUAUAUUACAGUUUCAUCUAA